AUGACGAGUGAGGUGUCGGCGAGUGGCCAUGGAGGAAUGAAUGCAUACAACGGAUCUUCGUUGGAGAUUGUUACUGUCGUGCUGAUUGCAGUCUCCUUCGUCGUGGUUCUUGUUCGCGGUGUGGCCAGGUAUCGGAUCAGCCGAGUUGCUGAACCUUCAGAUGUCCUGCUGCCUUUGACUCUGGUUGUGGCCAUCGCGCAGAGCGUCUGUGUCCGAGUGUCGCUGUCGAGCGGAUUGGGCAGACAUGUGGCCUCGCUAAGCUCCGACCAGCUCACGGAAUUCCAGCAGCUCACAUACGCCAGCAACCUCCUCUUCCAACUGGUGCUCUCUCUAUCCGAAGUCAUUGUGGUCCUCCUUAUCAAGAGCGUCGAGCCGCAGCGGCCAGUCCGCAUCGCCUGCAAUGUUCUGCUUGGAUGUAUCGGCGUCUACACUACGCUGUCCCUCUCGAUCCUUGCUUUCCAGUGCUCUCUUCCAGAGCCAUGGCUGGUUGCAGCAGACAGAUGCGUCGACCGGCAAUCCUUCUUGACCUCGUUUGUCAUCGUCAGCAUUAUAAUCGACGCAGCCACUCUCCUCCUACCAAUUAUCAUGGUAUGCAGGCUCAAGACGCCUCGAGACAAGAAGAUCUUCGUAUGCAUCCUGUUCGGCACUCGCCUCGCGCUCCCCUUGGUCACCGCACCACAAAUAUACCGUCUCAAGAAGGUGCUGGUCUCACAAGACCAAACAUGGGACCUGGUCUCCUUCCAGCUCUGGGAGCAGAUCGUCAUGAAUAUCAGUGUCAUCACGGCCUGCCUGCCCUCGUUGGGCCGGAUGCUGUGGGAGUUGAUGACCCGGGGCUCGGCAGGACUGAGGUCGACCUGGGCCGCUUCUCGAGAUUUCGGGCACGAGCUUGGUCUGGACAAGGGUCAGGGUCAGGGCCAGGGCCAAGCCCAAGCCCAAGCCCAAGCACGACAUCUCGGUCUGGAGAAGCCAUACAUCCAGCAGCCGAGCCCGGCUUUCUCUCCCGCCGGCGAGAAGGGUAGCUGGGGCGACCAAGUGAUUGUGCAGGUGCGGAGUAUUGGAAGCUUUGAGAGCUUCGAAUCCGGCCGCACGCUGGUGAGCCAGGAGCCCACUGCGGUUGAUGUGCAGAAGCAGGAGGAGAAAGACGAGCUGCCUCCUACCAUGAUGCCUCAGCAGACCGCAACCGGGACCGGGACGGCUACUGCUUCGAUGCAUUAUGUACCACGCCGGCCGUACCACCACUACCGCCGCCCGCUCAGCAAUCUGUUGUCUCCGGUGCUGGAACAGUCGCCUGCUCUGGGAGCAGCAUUGCCUCCAACACUGACCGGUCAACACUACCCUCACCACCAAGGAAGGGGUCCAUAUGAAGCGCCGCCACCUGCAUACUUGACGCCUGGUCCGCGCGAUUCCCCGACCAGACCGUGGGAUACCACGAGUUCGCUGUACGACGAGGACCUCUCUGAGAUCGACAUCGACAGCUACUAUAUGCAAAACAACCAGAUCUCUCAGUCGUACCACCCGAGCCGCACCGAAUUGGUCUUGGAUAGUAUGAUUGAAGAUCUGCAGCGGGAGAACGCCGGCGUGAAACCCAGUCAAGGACCCGGUGGAGCCUGGAUAUGA